CCCUCGUCGGCGCCCAGGCCGCGUGACUCACGACUUGUUGAGCUUCUGCUUACCUCCCAAGGCGUCACAUCCUACGAGCAGCGGGUACCCCUCCUGCUCUUGGACUUCGCCUACCGACAUACCUCCUCCGUUCUCAACGACGCAUUACAUCUCACAGGCGACCCGUAUAUCACGCAAGCCGGUGCAAAGCCAUCUGGCGGCAUGGGAGGUGCCAUGGCGGCACCGUCUGGUGAUGCCAGCGUCAGCGCCAAUGCCGUGAAAGUGGCUAUCGCUGCCCGCCUGGGCUACCAAUUCAGGGGAGGGAGCAGCGGAGGCGGCAUCAGCAAGGAAUAUAUGCAGGAGCUGGCCCGAGAGCGAAACAAGGUGGCAUUACCUAAAAUUGUGCCAAACGAAUGGGGCGUCCGGCUACCGAGCGAGAGAUUUGUUCUUAGUGGGACAGGUUGGGGUCUCAAGGACGUAUGGGGUGAAGAGGGUGCAGAUGACGACGAGGAG